AUGGCACAAGCCAUUUCUACUAGUUGUUCUUCCACAGAUGUAAUGCCAGUAGCCAUUACCAACAUGGUCAUCAAGAAUAAAGAAGUGAAAAAACUAGAAUGGUCAAAGGGAUUGUUUUACUUUAACUCCCCAAUUGGUGAGCAAGUGGUUGAGCUAGCAUCAACAAUAGAGUAUAGAGACUUAUCCUCAAAGUCCUUCAUUGUUGAAUGCCCUCAAAAAAAUAUCUCCUUCAAUUUUAUUCAAGAAAUAGGGUACUUGGAAUUUUCAGUAAUACAUGGUGCUAUUGUAGUUUUGCCAGCUGAAGGAACCACCUAUCCAUAUCCCAAGCCUGAUGCUGAAGAAGUUAUUGUGCUUGCAUCUUGGUUCGAGGGAGAUGUGAACUUGCUGGUUCAGGAGGCACUGCUCCAAAAUUCCACUUCAUCUACUCCGGUAUCAGAUGCUUACACCAUCAACGGCCAGCCAGGAGAUUUUGCAGCAUGCUCCAAUGGAACAACAUAUCGUUUACUGGUGGAUUAUGGCAAGACCUAUCUUCUUCGCAUAGUGAAUGCAAUCAUGAACUCGGAAACCUUCUUCGCCAUAUCCGGCCACAACCUCACUGUUGUUGGCACCGACGGAACCUACACCAAACCAUUUGUCACCAGUUUCAUAAUGAUCACCCCGGGACAAACUAUGGAUGUCCUGGUCACAAUGGACCAGGCUCCAAGUUACUAUUACAUGGCUGCCAGGCAGUUUGUAUCUGAAAAUCCUGAAGUUCCCGACUUCGAUGAUUCAAAUGUUACUGCAAUUAUUCAAUAUAGAGGCAACUACACACCCCCGGCCGCACCUUCCUUUCCAGCCAACCUUCCUGCUUACCACCAAUUGGGGGUUGCAUACAGCUUUUUGUCCCAGUUUCGGAGCUUAGCAAGCCCAGAGCACCCAGUGAAUGUGCCUCUAGAUAUAACUACUAGAAUGUACAUCACAGUGGCAAUGAAUUCAGUGGUCUAUGAAGAUGAGGGGACAACAGGGACUUACAUAGCUUCAAGCUUGAACAACAUUAGUUUUCUGAACCCCGAGAUGGAUGUGCUGCAAGCCUACUACAGGCAUGUUGGUGGAGUUUAUACCACAGAUUUCCCAGACCAUCCGUCCUACUAUUUUAACUUCACCGGGUACGAUAUGCCUUCCGACGUAACAAUGCAGGCGACUAAGGUGAAGGUCCUCAACUACAAUGAAUCAGCGGAGAUCAUAUUCCAGGGAACUAAUGUGCAAUAUACACCCGAAGAUCAUCCACUGCAUCUACAUGGUUAUACCUUUUAUGUGAUUGGGUCGGGUUAUGGAGUUUUCGACAAUGAGACUGAUCCCCAAGGGUUUAAUUUGGUUGACCCACCUGAACGGAACACCGUUACAGUUCCUCAGAAUGGAUGGGUUGCCCUCAGAUUUGUAGCAAAUAAUCCUGGUGUAUGGCUAUGGCACUGUCAUUUGGAUCGACAUCUCACCUUGGGUAUGGACACUGUUUUCAUAGUGAAGGACGGCGGCACGCCUGAGACCAGUAUCCUUCCACCUCCUGCAUACAUGCCGCCAUGCCAAGAUCCAUCCCCAAUUGUGCUGGAAGAUUUCAGUGAUUCAGUAAAAGCCUGGUGAAAGAAGGCUAGCGUUUUACCAGUUCAACUAGCAGGUCUGCAGAUAAUCAGAACUCUGUUUCCUAUAUAGAAAACUUGAAAUCAAUUCAUAUUAUUUCAGUACAUGGAACAUCCACAGAUUUUCUAAGUAAAACAAAGCUUCCCAUGCAAUCUCAAAGAAUAGGAGUUCGAUUACAUGUAAUUCGAUCCAACUAAAACUCCACAAGUUAAAUAAACCGUACAGAAAAUACAUAUUGAGCUUAAAAGCAAUGAUUUUUCCUACUAAAAAUGGAUCUCAAUUCCGAACCACAGAUGAAAAUGAUUCCUGGUGAAUGAAUCCAAUGGGGCUUUCUACUCUACAAUUUUAAGUACUAAAGCUCAUGUUCAGCAAAAUAAAGACUGCUUUCUUCUAAAGUGGCAACACAAGACAACAGCUCAAACAUUUCAAAGGCAAAAAAUGACUAUAAAUCACAACAAAUGAAAAAACGAAAAAAAAAAAAAAAGACAAA